UCUACAUUUGUUUCCUUAUCGCGAUUAAUCACGCUGCGAGAGUGGAUGUAUGUUGUAGAUCGAAUUCUUUUGAAUUUUCUUAGUUAUAAUUACCAUUAUGGCUGAAAAUGAACGUAAAUACGAUGUUGUUGUGUUUGGUGCUAGUGGUGUAACUGGUAAAUAUGUUGUUGAAGAACUUGCUGUAAAUCAUGGUGAUAUAAAAUGGGCUGUCGCUGGUCGAAACCCGGCAAAAUUGAAAACUAUUUUGAAAGAAGUUGGAGAUGAAAUAAAUAAAAAUUUAAAUGCUAUUGAAAUUAUUGAAGCUGAUGUGAGCAAUGAGAACUCAAUAUCAGAAAUGUGCAAAAGUACAUCUGUCUUGGUAAAUUGUGUUGGCCCGUAUCGUUUCUCUGGAGAAAAAAUAGCUGAUCUUUGUGUAAAGAACAAAACACAUUGUGUUGAUGUUAGUGGUGAACCUCAGUUUUUAGAAACUGUGCAACUGAAGUAUUUUGAAGAAGCUAAAGCACAAGGUGUAUACAUUGUAGGCUCUUGUGGUUUUGACAGCAUUCCAUGUGACCUUGGCAUUGAAACUGUUAGGAAGACAUUUGAUGGUGAUCUGAACAGUGUUGAGACUUUUUUAAUCGUUAAUCAACCUCCUGACACUACUGUAAAUUUUGCUACUUGGCAGUCAGCUAUUCAUGGUCUUGCUCAUGCUCACGAAUUGAAACCUCUUCGAAAAGCUUUAAAGGAAAAAUUAUUUCCUAAGCCACUUCCAACAUCAAACUACAAAUUAAAAGCAAGACCAACACUCUUUAAAAGCAAGGAAGUUGAAGGGUGGUGCAUUCCUUUCAUCGGAAGUGAUCGCUCCGUAGUGUUGAGGAGUCAGAUGUACAAUUUCCAGUUCAAAAAUGAAAGACCAGUUCAAGUCCAAACAUAUAUGAAAGCCAAAUCACUUGUUGCAGCCAUAGCUACUUUGGUUAUGGGUGGCAUUUUCAUGCUGAUGACUAAGUUUGCUCUUGGUCGAGAUCUGCUUGAAAAGUUUCCAGAAAUCUUUUCUCUUGGUGUCUUCAGUCGUACACCUCCAAAAAGGGAAAAGGAAUCUACUGGCUCAUUCUCUGUUAUUUUCAAAGCCAAUGGCUGGUCAGAAAAAUUGUCCAGUCCAACUGAUAAACAUACUGAGAAGCCAAACAAAACAAUGAUUGCUGUAAUGAAGGGACCAGAUCCUGGGUAUAUCACUACAGCUAUUUGCAUUGUUAAUUCUGCCAUUAUUAUUUUGAAAGAAAAAGACAAGCUACCUUUAAGUGGCGGUGUUUUUACUCCAGCUGCAGCUUUCACUGAUACCAGCCUCAUGAAGAAAUUAGAAGAGCGAGGCAUUAAACUGAUAUUCCCAUAGAUCUAAGGUCACUGAUAUUUCUUACAAUUCGAAAAUUUAUUUUAUAUGCACAACUUUCUAAAUUCAGGAUAUUUAUCUAGUUUACAGUAAAAUAUUCUGAUAUUGCUGGUCACCAUUUACUUAUAUUGUUCCUAUAUUCGAUAUUUUAAAUUUAUAAAUGUGCCAUAUAUUUUAUGUUUAAAAUAUUGAUUAUGGAAGCUUUGUACUUUAUAUUAUGAUUUAAUAAAGGUUACCAAUAUUUUCUUUAA